GUUGCCUCAGUCGACGAUUCGGUUUUGUGGUGCGAUGUGCGCGUCGUGCUCGUCGUUCUCUCGUCCUGGUCGCCGCCGCCGCCGCCGUCGUCGCCGUCGAGACACAGCCGUACCUAAGUCCGCGAGAUCGUCUCCGCCGUCGUUUGAGAAGCACACUAGCAGCAACCGUCACUCUAUAUAUACCUUUAUCGUAUAGCAGCACAAAAUUCACGAUCGUAUAAUUCAGUUGUCUUGCAAACAGUUUCAAAGUGACGUACACCAUGCACCCUCAGCUUAGUCGGGAGUUGCGGUGUUGGAGGAUCAGGUGACUUAGUUCGGAGGGGGGCGGGUGGCGUCCUGCCGCCACACCAUCCGCACCCCCAUCCAGCCGAUUUCCCCCAUCCGCUUCGUUUCAACUGUAUGGAUAUCUGUUCGUCAUUUGCAACAGUCGGUUCCCUGAGUUCGGGUCUGUGUAGUCCGUUGGCACAAAGCUUCUCACGUCAGGGUAAGAAACGGGCACUCUCCGUGUCACCGUCCCCGGACUUGGAGCUCCAUGGCAGGAUUCGAUCAUCGCCGAGUGCACUAUACUCGGCCGCCGCAGCGUACGGCGCUUCGUGCUCAAGGAGUUCGAGCACGUCCGGUUCGUACGGGCACCUGAACCCACUGGCGUUUACCAUGCAACACCACCCAUCCGUCAUAUCACCUCAAGUUCAACAGUUAUUGAGAUCCGCCAGUGGCUUGCAUUUGCCGUGGCAUAACGCCGCCGCCAUGCCGUCUUCCGCGCAUCAUCCCUCGUACAAUAUUCACAUGUUACCUGUACCUUCGCAAGACUGCAGUUCACAGAUGUUAGCCAACGACAUGUGCAAGAUCAAACAAGAACGGUCCAAAUCGAAAUCGACAUCAGCUUCAAAGAAGGCUUCUCAAAAACUCGUUGAAGACUCGAAACAAAACUCACCGGAAUCCAUCAGUGACCUCAAAGGGGAACCUGAUUUCAUCGAGACAAACUGUCACUGGAAGAACUGUAAUUUAGAAUACCAGACUCAGGCUGUAUUAGUACAGCACAUCGUAAAUGAUCAUAUUCAGGCGAACAAAAAGUCAUUUGUAUGCCAGUGGCAGGAUUGUUCUAGAGCUGAGAAGCCAUUCAAAGCCCAAUACAUGCUUGUGGUACAUAUGCGAAGACACACCGGAGAGAAGCCACACAAAUGCACGUUUGAAAAUUGCACCAAAGCUUAUUCGAGGUUGGAAAACCUAAAAACUCAUCUCAGAUCUCAUACCGGCGAAAAGCCCUAUACUUGUGAACAUCCUGGUUGCAGUAAGGCCUUUAGCAAUGCUUCAGAUAGAGCAAAACAUCAAAACCGCACUCAUUCUAGCGAGAAACCGUACAUAUGUAAAGCUCCUGGAUGUACAAAACGUUACACUGAUCCAAGUUCCUUGCGUAAACACGUCAAGACAGUUCAUGGAGCUGAUUUCUAUGCGCAUAAACGACAUAAGGGCAAUGGAAACGGUGACAACAGCCGUGGUGGAGGAAGCGGCGGUGGCGGAGGAGGUGGUGGCAACGGCCCGGGUGCCGACGACGCGUCACCGUAUCGGAGCGAUGAGAUGCCGAUGAGUGCCAAAACCGUUAGCGUGUCUAGUCCAAGCAUAAAAUCUGAAGAAACAAAUUCCCCUGGACAACAACCCAGUCCUAUGAGCGUUCCAUAUAGCAAUAGAAUGUUUCACGACGAGCCUAUUAGUGACAGCAACCAUAGUGCAGACGCUUUGGAUGACAAUUGGGUUGAAGACGGACAUGAUGCCGACUUAUUUGACUUUAUCCCGAUGCACUCGGAAGCCGGAAUGCUUACUUCAGCGCCUAUGAUCCGAAGGAUGCGACGGUUUGUACCGCAUGCUGGAUUGAAGCACGUCGCAACCAGUGAGUUAUCGCCAUUGCCCGACUUGAGUCCAGGACACGGAAGUACUUCUGGUAUGCAAGAAUUAAAUAAACAAUUGACUGACAUGAAAAUGGUAUCCAAUCAAGACACUAUACGGAGAGAAAGCACAUUUAGUAACUACUGGAGCAUGAAGUCUGACCACAGUCGCAGGAACAGUCAAGUACCUUCCGAGCAUCAUAGACUAAGUAACGCGUCGUCCUUAUACGAUCCGAUUUCUGUGGAUUAUUCACCUAGUCAAGCAAAUACAGCUAUGGGCCCCGAUAUCGAUGCGUUUACCGAUAGCGAAGAAUGCAGGCAGUUGCCAGAAAGUGCUAAAAUGUCAAGACCUCAAACUCGUCAAACGGGAGCCGUACAUCAUCCCAACUCUAAUAUUAAUCUCGACGAGGUCGGCGAGGGUGAAUCAUUGGAGAGCAAAAUGGUCCUGCCGGAUGAUUUUGACGACGUCAUUAAGGACAUGAUAAGCGAAAAAAUCGACGAUUAUGAUCUAGGCGCGUUUGACGCGGAAAAGACCAUCAACGAACUUACCGAAUCCGCUCUGGAGCACAUUCCUACGCUGACCCCGCCCAUCGUCCAGGAAGCGACCAACAGUGCCGGCAAUGGUCAAGCGUUGACCAAUCCCGUGGCCCCUGUUGUUCCGACACCCACUCCGAACGAUAGGCCCAAUAAAGUUCCGCCAACUAACAACUACAGGAACAUGCGCAGCAACAGUUUACCAGUCAAUUGGCAGGGACAGGAGCAGAGUCACGGACACGGCUUGCCCGGUGCGGCGUACAAUCCUCAAUUCCAGAACCAAAGACCGUAUCAGGCGAACCACCCGGCGAUGUUGUUCGGUACCACAACCACAAACAACAACAGCAACAACAACAACUUUAACUUUGGACCGACAAUGCAGCAGAGACAAAACGGUGGACGGUACUCAUAUUCGUCCAACCAGGACUUUGUCAACUACAACCAUAAUUACGCCAACUUUAGACACAACGGUGGACAGCAGUACCAUCAAUUGAAAAACAACAACAAUCAACACUAUCAAUUAAACAAUAACAACAAUAACAACAACAAUAGCAAUAGUAACAACAACAACGGUCUGCAGUUCCAUGGGCAAAACAACGAAAAUGGAUACUACGACGACAAUAGUGCCACCCCGAACGCGUACCAAAGAUGCCAAAGGACCUCCGCCGCUAACGGAGGUCAACAAGCUGCAGCCGUGGGACAAACGGCUGUCGCGCCCGGCAUGCAGUCGUAUAGUCACGGUUAUUACAACGGUGGUUGCAACAACCAGCAGUGCGGUCAACAGCAAUGCGGACAACAGCACAACAACAAUUACUAUAACAGUGGUUAUCAUCAAAACAAUGCUGGGAAAUUCAAUAGCUGCUACUCUAGGCCAAACAAUCACCACCAACAGAUGAACCAGCAGGCCCAUCAGCAGCAGCAGCAACAGUAUUAUACGGAUCUGGACCGAAAACAGGAUACUUUAACGACGGUGGCCGCGAGUCCGAUGGAAGAACAAUCCUCUCCUUUCCGUCCCGCACCGGAGCCUCAAGAAUUCGAUAGCAGUAACAACAUGGUGCUUAAGGACAUGUCUACGUCGUUGAGUUCGCUGUAUGACGAAAACACCUUUUUCCAAAUGUCCACAGUGUUCUCCGAAUCAUAACUACUUUACGUAUUUAUUGUAUAGAAUUUAAAACUAUAGUUACCACUCGGUUUUAGCGUGUUUUGUAAGUGCUCUCCUCCCCCUCCAAUGUUGCGUUGAAAAUUUGUGUUUGUAAUUUUUAUAUAUUUUUUUUAACUGUAAAACUGGUCAUUAAUGAUAAAUUUUUGUUAGAUUUUAGAUGAAUGCAUUUUUAACCAGUGCACUUAUUCAGCAUAAUUUAAAACGUAUAUUUGAAAAAGUAAAAAAAAAAAGAAAAAAUUAUAAAUCCGUUGGAUUUGAUUGAUGUAUAUAUUGAAAAUGUUAAAAUUCAUAAUUUUAUUUAUUUAAAUGUAAGUAUGUAAUAAACUUAAAUUUUUUUAUUGUUAUAAAUGUGAUCUUCAUUUUAAGACUUUUAUUUAUUUUUUUUUGUUAAAAUGAAAUCAUAACUUUCUUGUAUGUUUGAUUUAAGAUGGUACAUUUUUUUAAUUAAAAAAAAGUUAUAUUUAAUAUUUA